AAAAAAGGAGAGUAUGUUUAUUAUAAGUUUUUAACUCUGUGUUACAUUAAGAAUGCGUGCAGCAGUGAGUACUUUGGUUUGGAUUUUAAUAGAAGUCUUUCUAAAAGCAUUGCAAGAGUGUGAUGCUGAGAUUGUAUUUCCGAAACGCCGCCACGAUAAACGUUUACAAAACGAUUUAAGCACAUCAAAAAAGAAUGGAGUUCAUGAAGAACAUGUAACAUACGAAGUUAAAUCAAAAAAAGCUCUGCAUGUUUUAGAUUUAAAAAAAGCUAGAGAAAUACACCAAGGUUUUAUUUGGCUUCGAUCUUUUGAGAAUGGAAAGGAAGUUGCAGUUAAGCAUUAUCCUGAACACUGUUACUAUGAAGGUAAAAUUCGUGGAAUAAAAGAUUCAAAUGUCUUCAUCAGCACUUGUAGCGGUGGAUUAAUAGGAACAAUUGAUGAUGGAAAAUCAAGCUACGACAUAUUGCCACAGGCUAAUGGAAAUGGUCAUAGUUUUCACAAUGUUAAUGAUCUUGUCAAAAAGACUUUAAAGAAACUAAAAAAGAAAGAUGAAAUAAAUAAUAAACAAGAAAAAAAUAUCAAGAAAAGAAUAUCAAGAAGUAUUUCCUCUUCAGUUGGACCAAUUGAAUUAGUUGAUGUUGAACCACAAUAUCUUUCUUAUAUUACUAAAAAUGAAACACUUUUUGUUGAAAUGUUUGUUAGCUGCGAUCACAGAAUGUUACCUACAUAUAACAACAACCAUUAUCUGUUGAUCGAAAGAGUUUUAAAUGCAUAUGCUCAAGUUGACAAGCAUUAUCCUGAAAACUGUUACUAUGAAGGUAAAAUUCGUGGAAUAAAAGAUUCAAAUGUUUUCAUCAGUACUUGUAGCGGUGGAUUAAUAGGAACAAUUGAUAAUGGCAAAUCAAGGUACGACAUAAUGCCACAGGUUAAUGGAAAUGGUCAUAAUUUUCACAAUGUUAAUGAUCUUGUUAAAAAGACUUUAAAGCAACUGAAAAAGAAAGUUGAAACUAAUAUUAAACAAGAAAAGAGUUACAAGAAAAAAAGAAGUAUUUCCUUUUCAGUUGGAACAGUUGAUUUAGUCAAUGUUGAGCCACAGUAUCUACCUUAUAUUACUAAAAAUGAAACACUGUAUGUUGAAAUGUUUGUUAGCUGCGAUCACAGAAUGUUACCUACAUAUAACAAUAAUCGUUCUCUAUUGAUUGAAAGAGUCUUAAAUGCAUAUGCUCAAGUUGACAAGGCAUAUCAAGCCAUUAAUGUACGUAUAGUAGUUGUUGCAAUUGAUAUCCAGGAAAAUCAACCUGCAUUUACACGUUUUACAACAGGUGGAGCUGAAUUACGCUCAUUUAGAGAUUAUGUUAACAACGUGAUAAAAAAAACUUCAUCUUUUAAAGAUGUUGAUUUUGAUGAUGCCAUGUUUUUAAGUCAUGAAGGUUGGACAGAUUGCGCUGGAAUGGCUUGGGUGAACUCCAUGUGUAGUGAAAAUGCUAACAGUGUUAAUGCAUGGGAUUAUAACAGCAUAAGUGGCCCAAUAGUUGUGCUGGGUCAUGAAUUUGGACACAAUAUGGGAUUUAGUCACGAUGAAGAUACCUGCAAGUGUUUAACAAAUAGGGGAUGUUUUAUGGGAGGAGAAAAGUCAAGUAGACCAGGUUUCUCAAACUGCAGUAUGGAAAUGUUUAAAAAAAAUGGAUAUCCUUGUUUUACAGAUUAUCCUUCUGCUCCCAUGACUAAAUUGUGUGGCAACGGAGUUUCUGAAGAAAAUGAAGAAUGUGAUUGUGGAACCGAAGAGAUGUGUAAAAGAAAUGGUGAUAAUUGUUGUGAGCCAAAUAAUUGUGUAUUAAAACCUAGUGCUCAAUGCAGUUAUGUGAAAAAUCCUGAAUGCUGUCAGCCAUCUUGUUUGUUCAGGAAACAAGGAACUUUAUGUAGGAAAGCAGUUGGUGAAUGUGACUUACCGGAAUUCUGUGAAGGAGAUAGGGCUAUUUGUCCAAAUGAUAAAACUUUACGUAAUGGAAUUCCCUGCGGAAAUUUUGUGAAGUUUUUUGUUGGACCAACUGGUGACUCUUGGCGGGCUAUUUCAAGACUUUCUCCACCAAUAAUCAGUAGAUAUUUGAAAAUUUUGCCUAAGCAAUGGAAUGUUGAAGGUUCAGCAUGCUUUAAAGCUGAUGUGCGUGGUUGUCCUGCAGUUCAAGAUUAUGUCAAUCUUCCAACUUCUAUAACUUCAGCUGAAUUAUAUUACCAUUCUCCAUUUUGUAUUACUCCAAGUAUUAAUAGCUGUAGUGAAAAUGUUUUAGAUGGAACAAUCAUUAAGUAUAUUGAUAGGGAUACACGAUCAGGCCACUGUGAACAUGAUUACAUGAAAUUUUUGUUUGCUGCUGACGGUACAAUAACACACGAUUGCAGUAAAAAAAAAGUCUGCAUAGACACUAAUUUCAAUUUAAUUUUAAGAACUGAUUGUUUUGGAGAAACGCCAAGGUUUCAAUUAACAAAGGAAAAAUCACUUCAGCACAUCCAAAGCCAAAAAUGUGUACGAUGUACUGCACCAGGAGGCAGCUGGCCUACACAUGACGUUGCAGCUGGAAUAGACAAUGGGUCUGGAGAAACAUGUAUUUCAACAUAUGAUCGAAGAGUAAUAGUCAUCAAUAUUUUAGAUUGCAAUGUACCUUUGGGGAUGAGUAAUAAGGCUUUGCAUGAAUCUGCAUACACUGCCAGCAGUGCAUAUAGCGAUAAAUAUGCACCAUUUAAUGUGAUAGUGACUAGUGAUGGUUGGUGUCCUAAGGUUAGCAGUGGAAGUUGGAUUCAAAUCGAUUUUGGAAAGAAUGUUAGGAUAGCAACUGUAGAAAUGCAAAAAACGUACUGGGAUAGAACAACUGGCUACAGUUUGCAAUACUCUGCUGAUAAUAUUACAUGGCUUGACUAUUUAGAAAGUGAUCCAGAUGCAAAAAAGAAUUUAGAAAGUUACUGUUUCUCUGGUUCGUGUACUCCUUCAUUAAUACAACAAUGUCAAACUUUGUGGGAAUCAGAUGCUUUGGUUGCUUCUGAUUCUUGUUGGAAUAAUCUAAAUACAAUUCAAAAUGGAUUUGGAACUUGUGAUUCUACAAAGAAUACAUCAUGUUUGACAAAUAAUAUUAAAUGUGGUCAACUACAAUGUUAUGCAAAACAAGCAAAAUCUAUUAGACAACCUGAUUAUGGAAAAUACUACAAACAGUUUACAUAUGACAAUCAAAACUGCAGUGGUGCAUCUAUCACAGAAAGUGCAAAGGGCAAGUUGGGAAUGGUUUUAGAAGGUACCAAAUGUGGAGUAAACAAGUUUUGCUACAAUACAGCAUGUGGAUCCACUGUUGAACAUGGUUUUAGUACAUGCCCAAUAGUAGAUGGAAAAGAAUGCUCUGGAAAUGGGGGUUGCGCUUCAGAUGGCACUUGUGUUUGUAAUGAUGGAUAUACACCUGCUGACAACUGUGAAAAAAAACUUAGUCCCAUUAAUGGUGCUUGGACUAGUUGGUCAGUAUUUACCAAGUGCUCCAAAGGCUGUGAUGGAGGUAUCCAACAAAGAUAUCGAUUUUGCUCUUCUCCUAAGUAUGGUGGCAAUGACUGUAUUGGUGUAUCUGCUGAAGAACAACCAUGUAAUACUCAAUCUUGUCCAGUUGCUGAGUCAUGUCUUGCAAUUAAAGGCCUUUUAGAAAAACAAGGACAACCGUUAUAUGAUGGUAUUUACACAAUUAAACCAACUCCUAUACUCACAUUAAAUGUUUACUGUGAUAUGACACGAGAUGGUGGAGGUUGGACACUAAUAGUAUCUUCACACUCCAAUUCAUGGGAUGAUAAAAAUGUUUGGUUGAGAAAUAUUGAUAAACCAGAUCUUUUUAAUGAUUACUCCAUCUUUAAAUAUGCUAACGAAUUAAAAACCAGUUACAAGAUUCAAGAUGACACGUUUAACUAUAGAUUAGAAGCAAAUGCACUAGGUCGAUGGGGUGGAGUAUUUUCUGCACCUGCAAGAUAUAAUAUAUCUUCUACCAAUGCUCAACAAACUAAUGUCGAAGUUCUUAAAAAAUUUGAUGAUUGGGAAUUCGGUACUCGAAGUAUAAAUAAGCGUCUUCCAUAUGUUUCUGGCUAUACUAUAACAACAUCUUUGGAUGUCUCAACAAAUUAUUGGGAUUCGUGGGGUUCACUUACUGACAAUCAAACUGGUCUAUAUCCAUCAAAAUGGAUAAGAGAAAAUAUGAAAAUGGAUUAUCCAGAACAUGUAUGGUAUUGGAUUAGAGAAGGCACCUACUUAUAUCCCCCAUCAUGUCUUAACCUACUAUUCCGAGGUUUAUCAAUUUCAAAUAAAUUUAAAAGUGGAAUAUAUGAAAUUGAACCAACUUCGGGAAAAGUUGUGAAAACAUAUUGUGACUUUGAUCGAUAUGGUGGUGGUUGGACUUUAGUAGCAAAUGUUGUCACUAAAGAUUGGUCAUUAGAGAAAAUAAAUUUUACUCCCUUAAAUCAAUUAUUUACAGCAGACUUUUCAAUUGCUGGCUUGCUUGAAAAUAUGAAAUUAAAAGAUCUAAGUGAGAAAUCUUACCAGAUUAUGUUAGAAGCAAACAAUAUGGAUUCAAAUGGUGGAAUUUUUUCUAUACCUGUUGAACAUAACUCAUUAUCAUGCUCAAAACUUUAUAAAACAACUCUCUUAAAAAAAUUUGGAACUUGGAAUGAAUUAGUUGAAAACAUAGCUAAAUAUCCACUUUGCAUAGUUUCUAGUGAAGGAUUUUUUAUGGCAGCAAAUUCAUUGGAUGUUGGUGACAACUAUGGUGUAAUAGCAGGAAGUGGAAAGUACAUGACUUCUCUUGAAAAUCCUUCUUUUGUUAGGUUAUGGAUACGAGAAGGUGGAAGCCGCUAUUCAUGUAAUGAUUUGCGAGUACGAGGACUUGUUAAUGGCCAGUUGUACAAAGAUGGUUUUUACAUGUUGGCAGAAAAUCAACCUGCCUAUUGUGACAUGACAUCAACACUAAACGAGGCUUGGACUCUGCUUGUUACUUCUGCAUCUGGGGGAUGGACCUCAGAUCAAGUUUACUCCAGAAACACUGGUACUCCUUCUCUUUAUGAAGAUUUUUCCAUUCUCAAUAAAGCAAACACGAUUAAAAAGUUGUCUAAUGGUAGAACAAUCAAAUAUAUGCUUGAGGGAACCGCUAGAAAAAGAUGGGGAGGGAUAUGGGAGUCUUCUUCUGCAUACUUAUUUAAUGCUGCAUCAUGUCAACCAACAAAAAUUAUAAAUCAAUUUGAUUCAUGGGAUAAUGGGUCAUGGUGGCAAGGUCCCUAUCCUUGCCUUCCAUUCCUAUCAACAGACACUACCAAAGAUGGGUUAUUAAUUACAAGUACUGCUGAAUAUGGAGGAGUAAUUAUUUCUAAGAAUCCUAAAGGGUUACCGUCUAGUUGGAUUUUAAAUAAGAACAAUAACCCAGGAGUGAUUUGGUAUUGGCUGAAUGAGAAUGACUGUGGUAGUAACUACACACCAAUUAAUGGUGGUCUUUCUCCUUGGAGUGAAUGGACCAGCUGUUCAGUUUUUUGUGGAACUGGAAUACAAAGUAGUCAACGGUUUUGCAACAAUCCUUUACCUAAAUGUGGGGGAAAAGAGUGUGAUUCUGUAGAAAUGUUUAGAGAACAAUCGUGUGUUGGAAAUUGCUUCACUACUCAAAUACGUUCUUCUGGAGAUAUCUAUUGCAUUGAACCUGAAGUUGGAGGAUGUACAGUGGCUGAUAAUACAAAACUUGUUUUUCGACCUUUAUCUUCUUUUUGUAAUAAUGAGGCUUCCAGUUUUGUUUUUAAUCCAAAAACUGGUAGUCUACUCCAUAAAUGCAGCGGAAAACUAGUUUGUGCUAAAGAUGGUAUCAAAUAUUCUUCUCCGAUUGUAAUUAGCUCAGCUUGUAAAGAACUUACUCCAGCAAGUCAGGUUCAGAGAACACUGUGGAAAACUUAUCAAAUGAACAGUUUGUGUUUUGAUCCAAAUGGGGGCACUUUAGCAAAUGGAGUUAAUCUAAUUCUUUGGGGAGGAUGUAGGGAUACAAAGCAAAUGUUCUUGAUGCCUGGUAUAGUUAAUGGUUAUGUUUUUGUUUCGCUUUUCAAUAAUAUUGCAAAUUUGGAAGCAUUAAAAGUAGGCAAACCCAUGACAACAGGUUUUAUUGAUAAUUUUGAUUUACCACCUUAUGAUAUCAGUAACAGUGGAAUUCGCAUGUGGGCAUACUUUAAAGCUCCUCAAUCAGGUUUCUACUAUUUUAUGAUCUCUUGUGAUGAUAUCUGUGAAUUGAUGUUUACAAAAGAUUCAAAUUCAGCUACAAAAAUAGCUGGAUGUUCUAGCUGGACUAAUAGAUAUGAAUGGAAUAGAUUCUCUGAACAAAAAUCAUCUCCAAUCAGUUUAAACGUCGGCUUUAAAUACUACUUGGAAGUCAAUUUGUUUAAUAGCGGAGCUAGUGGACAUAGCGCUGUUGGCGUUGUAAUGCCUAAUGGUGAUGUUGUGGCGCCUAUAAGUUAUGACUAUCUUUCGGAAAUGUAGUUUUUUUUUUUUUUUUUGUCAUUUGUUUCUGAAAAGAUUGAAUUGAAUAUUAUAAUAUUUUAAUACUUUUUACUGUCUUUUUUUAUAUAUAU